CAACAAUGGGUCUACUUGUUGUGCUGCUUUGCUGUAGCCUGGUCUCUGGAGUCCUUGUAUCUCAUCUGCAAGGUGGGAUCAUGACUUUCACACCCAAGGGAAGAAAUCCAGAUGGGACAAUCAGGGUGGACUUUCGUUACAAAGAGUCAUUCAGAAAUGGAUGUCAUCGGGAGUUUUAUUGGAACUGCCUUCAGGGAAACUGUGGUUCUAUUGAACACUUUGAAUACGGGACAAUUGAUAGUGACCCUUUAGGAGACAGCUGGUGUCAGGCAGAGGGCUACAUGUCAAGAAGCAUAUCGAGUGAUAAACCUUUUGACUUGCAGGACACAAGCUGCUGUUGGAUCUACAACUCAAAUUCUGCUUCCUCGUGGCUGCUGUUGACUCAUGUAGAUCUGGGCACAAGAUCAGAUACUGGAUUCCCCAACAGAUCUCCAGUAACAACAAUCCCUCCAAUAAUCAGGGUCCCUGGAAACUGUCCAUCAGCAUACACAUUAAUGGCACAUGACCUAGAUGGGGAUCGUGUAAGAUGCCGAUAUGGAGUUGCAAGCUACUCUGAGUGUUACAGCUGCUACAGACCUCCAAAUUUCCAUCUAGAUGAGAGUACCUGCACUUUAUCUUUUAAUGGUGCAGGAUUUGGUACUACACAUGUGUUUGAACUUGUACUGGAAGAUUUUUCGAGGCAGUACAUAACAUUAAGAUAUGGAGAUGGUACAACAUCCACCCGAAUUCCGUUCAAUUUCCGCAAGAAACGUCAAAGUAACUUUUACACUACAUCCUGGUGGGGAACAACUACAACCACAUCAGGUCCAUCCACUACUAUACCCUGGAGUUGGAGGCAAAGAGCUCCACCUACAACAUCUCCACCCUCUGCCUGGUGGUGGGGACAACCAACUUCAUCCAGAGCUACAACCACAACUGCUCCAACCACUUCACCCCAACAAAACGCGUGGUGGUAUAAUCCAUCAACAACCACAACUGCUCCAAGCACUUCUACAGCCACCCCUGCUCAAACCACUACUACAACAGCAGCUCCAACCACUGCAGCUCCAACCACUACACCAUUUUCAACAAGCUCAAACUAUUAUGAUCCACUGAGUAAAAUACCCUUGCAAUUUAUUGUCCAAGAGACCCAGCAUAAUUAA